CGGCUUUUGUUUUGGUAAUAUUUUGGAAGUGUGCAUUUUAGUUUGUGUAAUUUCUGAGCUUCAAAAUGAAACGGCGCAGUCAAACGCAGGCACAGGCCGCCAAAGAGGCCAGCAAGAAGCCCAAGGAAAAAGCUGGUGCACUCACCUUGGCCCAAUUCAGCUCAGAUGUCAUUUGGCAGCUAGCAUCGCAGUACUGGUCACCGGAGUCCAAGUCCGAGCAUUUGCCGUACAGUGCGGAUAUCAUCGAAACAAUAUACGCCGAUGAGAUAACGAGCGGAAAGAACAGCGCUCGUCGCAUUAAUAUGCUGGAAUUCAGCCAGUACCUGGAGCAGUAUUUGUGGCCCAACUACAAGCGAGAGACGGCGACUCACGCGCAUCUUAUGUCCAUAGUGAUCAUGUCGAACGAGAAGUUCCGCGAACGCGUCGAGGUUUGGAAUGUGUUCGAGCAGUUGCCAGACCAGUAUCCGGCAUUCUUUCGCCACGUGCUGAACUCCUGCUUGCCGGACCAGGCAACAAAGAAAUCCAAUAGCACGCUGCGCGAGCGAACUGCGCUGCUCAUGUUCUUGAAUCACUGUUUCAACAGUAUGGAAAUCGAGCUGUGUCGCGAGCAGGCCAAGCGACUAGUCUCCCUCUCCAUGUGGCACUGCCUGCAGCCACGUAGACGUGAGCAGGAGCUGCGGGACGUACCCGAAUGGCGCAAAUAUUGGAAGCGCCUGCAGAAAAAAGAGAAGGAUAACACCAAGCCAGAUUUAAUGUGGGAACGUCACUUUAUGCAAAACCUCAUCAUUGAUUUCCUGAACAUACUGGAACGCAUUCCCGCUGAAGGCGAACUCAACAGAAACGUGGUACACUACUGCGAACGCUUUCUGGAGUUCAUUAUCGAUCUCGAAGCGCUGUUGCCCACUCGCCGCUUCUUCAACACUGUCCUGGAUGAUUGUCAUCUGAUUGUGCGGGCUCUGAUGAGUCCGCUGGUGCAGCGCGAGGAGGGAAAACUGUUUGGUCAGCUGUUGGAUAUGCUGAAAUUCUACACACGCUUCGAGAUCAACGAUGUGACAGGCAACUCACUGACCGAUCAUGACAUGACGCAGCUGCACUAUAAGAAGAUCACGUCGUUGCAGCGUGCUGUUUUUGCCAAGUUCUCCACACUGCGCGUCUUUGCCUUGUCCAACGUGGCAACGGUGGACAAUCGCGAUUCAUUGGAGAAGCAUUUCGGUGCUCUGGAUGCGGAGGGACUCAAACAGAUUGCCACAUUUCUUAAUCUUGUGCCAAAUGAGGCGGUCGAGCCAUUUCAAUGGCAUCGCUUGGAUGAAGAGUUUCUGCGUGAGUUGCUUAUUACGCGACAUGAGAAACGCUGCUCACAGCUGGAGGCGCUCAAUGAAAUGCCACUGUAUCCCACGGAGCAGAUCAUUUGGGAUGAGAAUGUGGUGCCAUCGGAAUACUACACGGGAGACACCUGUCUGGCUCUGCCAAAGCUCAACUUGCAGUUCCUCACGCUGCAUGAUUAUUUGCUGCGCAAUUUUAAUCUAUUCCGGCUGGAGUCCACCUAUGAGAUACGUCAGGACAUCGAGGAUGCCGUCAGUCGUAUGCUGCCCUGGCAGUCAGAGGACGGUGACGUCGUCUUUGGUGGAUGGGCACGCAUGGCGUUGCCCAUUGCCAGCUUCGCUGUUGUCGAGGUGGCCAAGCCGCAUCUGGGCGAGAAGAAGCCAUCACGCGUGCGUGCCGAUGUGGGCGUGACGCUCUCAGUGCGUCGUGAGAUUAAGGAUGAAUGGGAGAACCUGCGCAAACACGACGUCUGCUUCCUGAUCACAGUGAAACCCACACAGCCCUAUGGCACCAAGUACAAUCAUAGGGAGCCCUUCAUACCACAGGUUGGCUUGGUCAGUGUGCGCGGUUGCGAGGUGGAGGGCAUGCUCGACCCCAAUGGCCGUGUCAUCGAGGACGGACCAGAACCAAGACCGAUGCUGCCGGGUGAGCAGCGGAGCUAUCGUGUGUGGCUCGACUCGAAUCAGUAUCGCAUGGACAUGGAUGACUUGCAGGAGGGCGCUGACGAUGUCUACGAGAGCUUCAACAUUUUGAUGCGUCGCAAGCCCAAGGAAAAUAAUUUUAAAGCAGUGCUGGAAACCAUUCGUCAUCUGAUGAAUACGGAAUGUGUGGUACCACCGUGGCUGCAUGAUAUACUCCUUGGGUACGGUGAUCCGGCCGCGGCGCAUUACAGCAACAUGCCUAAUCAAGAGCGCAGCCUUGAGUUCAAUGACACGUUCCUGGACUACGAGCACUUAGAAUCCAGUUUUCCCGACUAUGAACUGAAAUGCGAGCAAGCAGUGGGCAAAAGGGAGCCGCCCUACCGCCUCAUCUUUGAGGAUGUGGCCGAGCAGCGAGACAGUGAUACAGAGGAGAUGCAGGCAGAACAGCCAGCUGUAUCCAAAUCCAUUAAAGUGCUGCCAUGCAAAUACGAGGCAAGAGGUCCCUAUCCCAGCGACAAGCCCAAACAAAACUGCAUUCGCUUCACACCGACACAGAUCGAGGCUAUACGCGCUGGCAUGCAGCCGGGUCUUACUCUGGUGGUGGGUCCACCCGGCACGGGCAAAACUGAUGUUGCCGUGCAAAUCAUUUCGAAUAUCUAUCAUAAUCAGCCCAGUCAGCGGACGCUGAUUGUGACGCACUCCAAUCAGGCGCUGAAUCAGCUUUUCGAAAAGAUUAUGGCUCUGGACAUCGACGAACGGCAUCUGUUGCGUCUGGGUCAUGGUGAGGAAGCACUAGAAACAGAAAAGGACUAUAGUCGCUAUGGUCGCGUCAACUAUGUGCUGGCAAAGCGCAUGGAUCUGCUCAGCCAAGUGCAGAGGCUGCAGGAGGCGGUCGGUGUUAGCGGCGACAAUGCCUACACCUGCGAAACGGCAGGCUACUUCUACUUGUAUAAUGUAAUGGCUCGUUGGGAGAAGUUCCAAAGCCAGAUGGACGUACAUAGUGCUGAGACGGAUAGGGACAAGCUGUCUUCAGUAUUUGAAACCGAGUUUCCCUUUAGCAAAUUCUUUUCGGAUGCGCCACAGCCACUUUUUAAGGGUGACAGCUUUGAGGAACUCAUGAACAUAGCACAGUCAAACUUUCGCUACAUUUCUGACAUAUUCACGGAGCUUGAGGAAUUCCGCGCAUUUGAGCUGCUGCGUACGGGCCUGGAUCGCUCCAAAUAUUUGUUAGUCAAGGAGGCCAAGAUCAUUGCCAUGACCUGCACACACGCGGCACUUAAGCGCAAGGAGCUGGUGAAUCUGGGAUUCCGCUAUGACAAUAUACUGAUGGAGGAGUCAGCUCAGAUAUUGGAGAUCGAGACUUUCAUACCGCUGCUGCUGCAAAAUCCGCUGGAUGGUCUAAAUCGAUUGAAGCGCUGGAUCAUGAUUGGCGAUCAUCAUCAGCUGCCACCUGUCAUCAAAAACAUGGCCUUCCAGAAGUACUCCAAUAUGGAGCAGAGUCUUUUUACUCGUCUGGUGCGUCUAGGCGUGCCCACUGUUGAUUUGGAUGGUCAGGGUCGUGCGCGUUCCAGCAUCUGUACGCUGUACAAGUGGCGCUACAAGAAACUGGCUGAUCUGCAGCACAUUUUUGAGCGUGACGAAUAUAAGAAGGCCAACGCAGGAUUGGCCUACGACUAUCAGCUUAUCAACGUGGAAGACUUCAAGGGCGUGGGCGAAUCUGAGCCCAAUCCGUACUUCUAUCAGAACCUCGCCGAGGCAGAGUUUGUAGUUGCUCUGUACAUGUACAUGCGUCUGUUGGACUAUCCUGCUGCCAAGAUAUCAAUUCUGACCACUUACAAUGGCCAGAAGCAUCUCAUACGCGAUGUUAUUAAUGCACGUUGCGGCAACAAUCCGCUCAUUGGCUGGCCGCAUAAGAUCACCACUGUGGACAAGUAUCAGGGCCAACAGAAUGACUAUAUACUCAUCUCUCUGGUGCGCACCAAAGCUGUGGGUCAUUUGCGAGAUGUGCGCCGUUUAGUUGUGGCUAUGAGUCGUGCCCGUCUCGGACUGUACAUCUUUGGACGCGUGUCGUUGUUCAAGAACUGCUUGGAAUUGCAGCAGACGUUUAAAUUACUAAUGCAGCGCCCACUGAAUCUCCGGCUUGUGCCAUCAGAUGCAUAUCCAACUGAGCGUCUGACCAGCAACCCAGCCUCUGACAGUAUAAGUAAAACCGUUGAAAAUAUGACAGAGAUGACACAAUUUGUCUAUGAAUUAUACAUGAGUAAAAUGGAACAGUUAAAGGACACCCUGCCCACUGAGGAAGAGCUGCACGCUCUGCGCAGUCAAUUGCCGACCGAAGAUGAUGAUGAUGAGAAUGACAAUGUUGUCGCAACUGAGUCCACCGAUGAGCCGCCUCAGAAGCGAGCAGCAAAGGAAACUAAAUCAAAAAAGACGCCGGAAGCCUUUAAGCCAACGCUUAUACUAAACGAGAUUAAUGUGGAUGAGCCCGAGAUGGAGCAGCAGCCAGAACAGCAGACUGCAGCAGAAGCUGAAACUGAAUCAGUUGCCGAGAACCCGACUCAGCAGGCAGCCACAGAGAACACUACGGCUGAUGAGUCUUAGCUGUUGCUCAGUCCUUUUAAUUCCAAUAAUUUCUAACAAUUCAUUUAAAUCAAUAAAUACAAACAACGACACAAUCA